AUGGACCUUUACAAACUUUUAAUUGAUAGUAUCGAUAAUAAUAAUAAUAAUAAUAUGGUAUAUAAAGAUCGUACAUCUGAAUUCAAUUCAAUAUCAGAGACACUCAGAAAGAAACAAGAGCAGAAUGGAGUGAUAUCAAAGAAACAGAAUGCACAUCAGCAGAUGUCUCAAUUCUCAUUGGCCGCUGCACACAUAAGUAGAGGUGUAUAUGAAACCUCUGAGAAAUUACAUAAAUUAACAAAAUUGGCAAAAAAGAGUUCAAUCUUUAACGAUCCAUCUGCAGAUAUAGAAGAGUUAACAUUUAUUAUAAAACAAGAUAUUCAGAAGCUGAAUCAAGAGAUUUCACAACUAGGUCAGAUUUCAAAACAAUCUAGAAGUAAUAAGCAGACCGAAGAGCAUUCAGAGACUGUCGUUGGCUUCUUAAAUCUCAAACUAAUCAGCGCAACCAAAGAAUUUAAAGAUAUUCUUGAAGUUAGAACAGAGAAUUUGAAAACACAACAAGAGAGAAAACAAAAGUUUUCAUAUGCCUAUGGACAGACACAACAGACAACACCGCUUCUUCAAGAUGACUCAGGUUCGACGUCAAUACCACCCAAAUCUUCAGAGAUGUUACGACAUCGUAACACAACUACAAAUCGUGAUGAUGAUUCAGCAUUAUAUAGAUAUCAAGACGAUCAACAAGGAAAUGAUUUAGCAAUUUCAAUGCCUAUGCAAGUGCAGGCACACGAUUACUCACAAUCUAGAUUGCGAACGGCAGAGACUAUUUCAUCAACUAUUCACCAAUUGGAAUCGAUUUUCCAUCAACUGGCAAAUCUUGUACAACAGCAGGGAGAGGUCAUCGAGAGAAUCGACACAAACAUCGAUGACUCACUUAUGAACGUUGGAAGAGGACACGACUCUCUCCUAAAGACACUGGCAGACAUCUCUUCCAACAGAGGACUAAUAUUUAGAAUCUUCUUAGUUCUCAUAGUAUUUAUAGUUAUAUUCGUUGUAUUCUUUGUAUAA